AUGUUGUUUGAUAACAUUGAUCCAGAUUUUAUGUCUCAAAUUGAGGUAGAUGACAUGGUUGAAACUCUAGGUUAUAAGAAAGAUACAGGAUACACAGUCUACUGUAUGCUACCAGAUGCAGAUAGUGAAGAUGGUUUAAGGCCAUUGGCUUCGUAUAAUGAUGUACUUAACAUGUUUGCAUGUUAUGAGGGGAAUGAUAUUAUUAGCUUGUAUGUAGUCACUGAGCAGAUUAAUAAAGGUAGAAGAGGUAUAUCUAUUGUUGGAGAUAAAUCUGAUACUCCUACCUUUGAUUAUGAAUUUAAUACUGAGUAUGUUUCUGUGCGUGCAAGAUCCUGCACAAUAUAA